GUCUUCUUUUACAGAUGGAUACCUAGGAGUAGCUGCUUGAAAUAUGAAUCUCGAUGAGGGAGGAAUUAUACUUGACUUGGCACAAGGGAGUGAUGAGAAAUCAUACAGCAAUAACAACAUUCAUCCUGCUGGGAUUGACAGAUGACCCAAAACUACAACUUCUGCUUUUUGUAUUUUUGUUUCUCACUUACAUGUUGAGUGUAGCUGGGAACCUCGUCAUCAUUACCCUGACACUUUUGGAUUCCCAUCUUAAAACUCCCAUGUAUUUUUUCCUCCGAAAUUUCUCUUUCUUAGAAGUUUCAUUCACCACUGUCUGUAUUCCCAGAUUCCUGUAUACUCUCCUAACUAGAGAUAAUACUGUUACCUAUAAUGCUUGUGCCACCCAGUUAUUUUUUGUUGUCCUCUUUGCAGCAACAGAAUUUUUUCUUCUUGCGGCCAUGUCCUAUGAUCGCUACGUGGCCAUUUGUAAGCCCCUGCACUACACAACCAUCAUGAGCGACAAAGUCUGCUCUACACUUGUUCUCAGCUGUUGGCUUGCUGGCCUGUUGAUUAUCCUCCCACCUCUAGGCAUGGGCCUCCAGCUGGAAUUCUGUGAUUCAAAUGUGAUUGACCAUUUUGGCUGUGAUGCAUCUCCUAUUUUACAAAUAACCUGUUCAGACACAGUGUUAAUAGAAAGAGUUGUGCUGAGUUUUGCUGUGCUGACACUCAUUAUUACCUUAGUGUGUGUAGUUCUUUCCUACACAUACAUUGCCAAGACCAUUCUAAGAUUCCCUUCUGCCCAACAAAGGAAAAAAGCCUUUUCUACCUGCUCUUCUCAUAUGAUUGUGGUUUCCAUCACCUACGGCAGCUGCAUCUUCAUCUAUAUCAAACCUUCAGCAAAGGAAGGAGUGGCCAUUAAUAAAGUGGUGUCUGUGCUCACUACUUCAGUUGCCCCCUUGCUUAAUCCAUUCAUUUAUACACUUCGAAACAAACAAGUGAAAGAUGCAUUCAAAGACACAGUAAAAUGGAUUGUAUUUCUCACAAAGAAGUAAGAAACAAUUGAUGUUUUUAGAAGUUAUUAAAUUUAAAUCUAACUCAUGAGUGACAUUUAUGAAUUUGCCAAAUAAAUGGUUCCUUCCUUUUCUAUAGAUUCCUUAAUCUAUUCUGCCCCCAGGAACAUUUGUCCCUUAUAAUCCAAAAGCUGAAAAUCAAGCUAUUUUUUUAUUUCUUUUAAGUUUAUUUUAUUCAGAAUGGCUUCUUCAAUA